AUAUAUAUAUACACACUACAUAAUACUAAGUAAUAAGUAUGUACAGUAUGUACUAAUACUUAUAUAUGAUAUAAAAUUCUACCUCCCCAAGUCUGAGAUGCACAGUCAGAGUUUAAGAACAAUAACAACUAGCAAUAUUUAAUGCUGUCAUGUACAGGGGCAAUCAUCUCAAUAUAGAAUUAGGUUCUCUUAUUUAUAAAACUCCAGUUUAGUUUGUGUGAGGACACUUGUGGUACUCUGUUGCAUUUAAAGGACAGUGAGGUAAAUCAGAGAUUCAAUUAAUAUAUAUUUGAAGGUCAAAAUCAUCCUAUUUUUAAUGAAAAGGCUAAAUUUAUCUCUAUCAAUUGAGAAUUGUGACAGUUGCAUACAGUAAAAACAGUAUUAUAAUUAAUGAAAUAUCACAUUUAAAAAAUAUACUUUAAUGUUUGAAACAUUCAUCACUUGCUACUAAAAUCCUCUUUAGGCUGUGUUUCAUCACAUGUUACAAUAUUACAAUUAAAAAUCAUUUUUCUUGUUUUUUUCUUUUUGUAUUAUGGUUGAUAUGCCCAGUUUUAAGUUGUCAUAAACAUGUUUAAAGCCAUUUAAAAAAAAUCCCAGGACCACAAAUAAAAUGUGUUUGAUUUUUUUUCUUUGCAGUUUGACAAUAAAAGAAACGUAAUAAAAGCAGAAAUCCAUAUUUAGACAUGUUCUACUACACCGUUGUGCUAUAGUCCAGAAGUAAAACAUAUUGAGAAUAACAGUGCAGAAUAAUAAAUAAUUUCAGAAGUAUUGGCAGCUGUUAGGCUCUUAAAGUGUUACUGUAAAAGUUCAAACAUACAAGCGAAACUUUACAUUUGUUUUUCAUGCAUGAUUAAAUAACCCUUUGAGGACUGUACCUGUAUUGCUUAUUGCGCCACGCUACCUAUAAUCAAUCUUUCAACUCAGCUGAUGUCAGGGUGGUAAAAAUAACUAACAGAUGUGCACAGCACAGUUCCUGGUAGUAUGCGCGUGUGGCUACUAGGUUUGUAGGUCAUAGAGAUUAAAAAACAAUGCAAUUAUUGAAUUAAUUAAAAUAGUAUUUUCUAGAAAGUGUCAUAAUUGUAAAUUUUUAUUUUUAAAAAAUGUCAUCUAAAAAUACUUUGGUAAGGCCAAAAAUGUGUGUAAAGAGGCUUUGGAAACCCAGUGGGCGUUGCGCAAAAGUCUGAUUCGGAGAACUGCAUGGUACAUUUGAGAACAUUUCCACAUAUUAGUGUGUGUGCCUGUCAGUGGGCCUCAGUGUGCCCAGCCCAACAACCCCUGCAGCAGAUAAAUCUUUAUCACUUAUGCACAAGACUUCCCUCAAAACUCGAGAGACUGUUUACAAGAGUGACAGCCAAUGAGAACGCUCUCCUUAACACGCUCUAAGUGUAGGUGGGCAGCCCAAUAUUCAAUUCAUUACUACCCUAAUGCACAACCCCGAGUUGAAACCAGGUCUUUCACAGAUAAAAAUAGUAGGCGAAAUUAUAAGUUAUGGCAUCAUCUAUGUAGUGUUUAUGCAAGAAUUAUACCUCUCACAUAAUUUAAUUACAUUUUUUAAUCAAUUUGAAUUAUGAACUAACUGAUCAAUUAUCAUUUUAACAAAAGAACUUAAAAAAAACUUGAAUAUUCAGAAGAUUUCUUAGUGAAGUUAUUUUGAGUGUCGUACUGUCUUAAAGGAAGACAAGACAAAGGCCCUAACUCACUUACAACACCUGCACUGCAAGGAUCGUAAAAUAUCUCAUCACUGUGUUUAGUUGCUGUCGCCAAUAUUUAUGAUUACUAAAUUUUAUUGCAAGCUCUUGCAUUAACUUUUGCAUGUAGAUUUAGUUUUACAAAUGCAGUGUUUCAGGUUACAGUGCAUUUUUUGACUUCAAAUUUAAACUCGCGCACGUACAAAUGUGGGGGGAAAAAAAUUACUUUAUGUUGGUAAAUUUGAUUUAGUAAGUUGCACAACUCUGUGCCACAUAUGAAUUCCCAUGACUGAUCCACUUUUAUGGAAGGGCCGUGCUUCUGAUUUUAAAUAUUUACCCUGAACACUAUAAAUUAUUUUUCUCUUCCCCUUUAAUGACAUCCCCUCAGUGGAAUUUUACAGACAUAAUCAAUGGGGCUACAAAACAGGAGACAUUUAGCAGCAUAUAAAAGCCAUCCAUAAAAGGAGCCUGGUGUGUUCAGUAGUAAAUCACCCCAAGGGGAAGGCUCAGCAGACUCACCGCACGCUUUCAGCAGGAUUACAAAUGUAAGUGAGACCAGCCGUUCGAGAAUGACUUUGACAGCUCCAACGCUCAAAGACCGCUUUAAUGAAGGAAUAUGACAAACUGUUCCAGAUACAGCCUGUUCACUGACAAAUUUGUUGCUUCAGUCGCCAUCAUAAGCGACUGUGGACCUCCGCACAGUAAUCCCUGUCAGUUUCCCCAUCUAUUUCAAAGGAUACAAAAGAGCAGUAGAGCAGCAUGUUUCCUUUUCACCCUGGGACAACAAGGUUAGUUAAGUCAGGAGCUGAUGUAACCCAGAGCAGACAAAAAGCAAAGCCCAACCACUGACAUGAAUGGUUACUAGGCUGUACUUCACAGAACAGAGAUUAUCAAUAGUUACUUUGUUUUCAUAGAAAUACAUGCUGGCAUAUCAGCGAUGCCCUCAUCAACAUCCAGACCAACCAUCAGCUUCUGUCACGUAACGCUGUGGCGUAUGACAAGACCACUUUUGCAAGGAUUCUCUUCAAAACAUCUCUCUGUAAUGUCAGAGAAGCGCUUUCUCACCCUUCCUUUUGCUUCAUGACUAAGGGUUAAAGGCUUACCUUUUCUGUGUCUCCUUUUGUUUUUAUCUGCCUUGUUUCUCUUAACAUUAGCCCUAAUAUGCGUACGAGAGGUAAGUCUUCGUGUAUCUGAAAGGCAGUGAUGCGUAUUACAAGCAGAGCAAGUUUGUUAGCACAGUUUAUCCAUCACUGAGAACAUUAAAAUUAAGUUAACAGAGAGUGGAACAUUUGAUUUCAAAGAGCAGCAGCCAACUAGGUUGUGGACUAAAGUACUUUGCGUAUGUGGCGCAGAAAUUAUGGCGUCUGUUAGAUGUCUGAUAGACUGAUUCAGAAACAUAGAGCUCUCCUGUGCAGGUCUAAUAUACCUGCAGGUUUACAAAAGCCACACAAGUAUGUGCUGCCAUCUUAAAAAAGUCCACACUGCUCGGGCAACACAGAUGAAUUUUCAAGAGACGUACUAAAGCAGGGAUGUGGAACUCAUUUUACACUGUGGGCCACAUGCAGCCCACUUUGACCUUAACUGGGCAGAACGAGUAAAAAAGUUUCAGUAUUUAAACAGCAUGUUUCACUUUUUCCUGCAUGAUAAAGAAAUACUGUCGUCAUCAAUAGAAAUAAUCGGUCAGCAUGACUCUUUGGGUUUAAGGUGUAAAAAAUAAAUGUGCAAAAUUACAAAAAAAGAUUCUGGGGGCUCACUCCCCCAGAAUCUCUAGACUGUUCUGUAAUAAGAAAACAAAUAUUUUCCCCAUUUUUAAAAAAUCUUAUUUAUUUAGUUUUUUACUGUUUACCCACCAUAACACAAAUAGUCAUUUCUAUUGUAGAUGGUGAAAAAACUGAAAUUUUCUGUUAUUUAAAUGUUUAGCAACAUUUAAAUAACACACCAUUUACUUUUUUGUAGUAUGAAUGACAAUGUCAGGAGCAAAAACUUAGUCAUAGUCAGACAUAGUCAAAAAUCUAUGUCUUCCUUCACAUUUUUAAAAAAUGUGUCCCGUGGGCUAGAUUGGAGCAUUUGGUGGGCCAAUUCUGGCCCCCAGGCCACAUAUUUGACACCACUGUAUUAAAGACUCAAAGGCAUUGGAUUUAAUAAAACUGUAUCAGGUUAAAUAUGAAAUAAAGUGAUGCAAGAAAAGUCAAAUAAAUACGGUACACUUACAAUGUAGGAAACUCAAAAAGUGUUCAAACUCAUUUCUGUAGGAAUAAGUAAAGUUAAAUCACAAGUUAGGAUAAUAUUACAAGUGUAAAACACUUCAAUCAAGCAGUACCACUUUUUAGUAACACCUGAUCUUAUGUAAACAGAUAUGCCACAGCGAGUGAGCUGUGGAAAGCUUAGGAAAAUACAUUUGUGAAAGACCGAAUAUUACCUUUUUAGUAUAGCUGAGCAAGCUGACUGUAUAUAAUUUCAUUUUUUGUCACAUUUCAAAAUCCAUAUUCUCCGCAGAGGUACAGGAGUGCUGCUUUGAUAGUAACCGACCCUCAACGUGAACGCUGAGUGGAAGUCAUUAAUCAAUUCACAUUGCAGGAACAGGACAGAUGAAGAGUGAAAUGUCAAUCUACUGAAGCGAACUGCGUUUCCAGCUGUUACUGUGAUUUCUGCAAAGUCUGAGACCAAACAGCAAAGAAAAGCUACAGAAAAGUUCAAUCCGCAGCCCUGAAAAGCACAGCAGAAUGAAGCUAGCCCCAAAGACAUGACUGGAUUGACUGUGGAGAAACAGAUGAUUCGGUCUGAAUGGGAACACUGUGACUGUUUUUUUGUUGUUUUUGUUUGUUUGUUGGCGUACAGCCGAGAUUAGGUGGCAUCACGGAUGAACCUCCCAGAGUCCUCUACGUACUGUUUGGAAAAAGGCUCUCUGCUCCAGACUGACAGUGUUUGACAUCAACACUGAAAUGCAUUCCAGUACAUGGACACAGUGUCACGUGGCUUGUGGUUUCAAAAAUGUCAGUAUAAACUAAUUUUUGUACAGUAUAUUAUCUGGUAAGUUAUGUAAAGACGAUACACUGAACCUGUAGCAAACUCGACUAAGCGAUCAUUCUGGCAAGCCUGUCUUCACUGUAGAAACAUUUUCAUCACAAAAACCUUUCAGUUUAAUAUCAGCUUAACCAAAGAACUAUGAAUAGAAAUACUCCAUUUUUGUGUCUGCUUAAAGUCUUAAUGUUUCUGUUUUGAGUCUGUAUGCACACAACAGUGAAACUGGGAUUUAAAAGCCCAUGUCUAUGUUAAGUUGUGCCAUGGCUACGAAUAAUGGAUGACAGAACCUUACGUCUGGAUGCCUCAAACAUCACGCCGUGUAGAAUCUUUUUAUGGGUAUGUCCUUGUACAAGGUACAGUAUUACGAUCUGCAGGUAAACACAGCAGCAUUUGCAACAUGCCGUGCUGCUAGUUUAUUUUCUUUGGCUUGUGGCCACAGUAUGAGCCCAACACCGUCCCCUGAAAUGUCCACACGCACAGAAAACCUUCUGCCCACAUUAUGUAUUACUUCAUUGUCAUGAGGCAGCUUGUGGUGUGAUUUUACAUAACAUCAUCUGUUGCAUUGAAAAAUAAAGUAUUUUAAAACUGUGUAAAAUUGGUCAUGCGUGCUCUGUGCAAACUCACCACUCUGGAAGCAAACAACAAAUGACUGUAACAAUAUAAUAAUUAUUAUUAUUAACUUUUGCUGUAUGUAAUCAUCACAGACAAUGACUUAAGAGGGAUUUAAUUCUUUUUAAUCUUUCAUAGGUGGCUUCAUUUGAAGCGGGUUUGUUUUUGAUCCUGUAGAUGCAAAAGUUUAGUACUUGAAGUACUUUCACAAGAAAAAAAAAGGAAAAAAGUCAGGAAAAAUAAACAGUUUUGUGAACAGGAAUAUUUUUUCCCCUUUUCCUAACCCUUUGAUCUACUUAUGGCCCCUCGGAUUUAUCUUGGGAGGCCCUGAGGGUCCCGACCUUCACUCUACAAGUCCAUGUUCCACAACACUGAGCAAGUAAAACUACUGUUGAUAUGAGCUCAAGACACAAAUCUAAACAAUGCAUUAUUGAAAUGUUAUUUUAAGUAAUCCUCCCACUAUCUAAACUACUGUCAUCUCUGGCUUUGGCUACUGUUUGAGCGGGCAACAUCUCCUUGUUAUGAGAGGAAUUUACAAGAUUCGGGACUUUAAAAAUAAACCAAGAGCAGAACGUAAGACAUUUGAAAAUAAGCCGAAACUGACAUUAGCCCUGCCAGACGCGCAGUGUGACUACCAAAAAUAUCAUUCAGAGAGAAAAAAAAAAGCCACACAACAACUCAGAAUGGAAAUAAUGACCCUGUCUGAAGCCACAUUCCUACCAGCUGAUUCCUGUUCCAAUGUUUUCCAUGAGUGGUAUCAGACCGAAAUCAAUCCUAAACUUUUGAGGGAAAAGCCACCACUUAAAGUACAACUGGGAGGGUUUGAUAAGAUACAAGUACAGGAAACAAAAAAGACUAUAAAAACAGAGGCAGAACAUCUGAUUAGGAAAAUAUUCUAUAUAAGAAAAUGAAUUCAGUAAAAUCCUUUUUUCUUCUUCUGCUUUUACUAUUAAAUGUGACUGAGGCACUCUUGGAUCUGCUUGGAAGUUUAAAUGACUUUCACUCUCAAUUACACAAGCAAGUCCACAGCCAGUGUCUGAGACGUGUAGCUCAGUUUUCUUCAGGAUAUUUUUAGAACCUGCUUCAGAUAAAUGAAAAAACAAAACAAAAACCUUUGACACUAAACUUGGACUUCAACAGUCACCAGAUAAGGUUUCUUAAAUCUAAUUGUGUCAGCUGCAUCUUUAAUGUAAUCAACUAUCAUGAACUCUUCCUGACAACGUGGGAGCGUGACCAAGGCACCAACCGAGCUUACUCCGUCUAAUGUGUCGGCGUCUUUCUCACUAACAGCCUCUUGACGGGAGUAGAUUUAAGAAUCCAGGUAUUUUUCCCAGAGUCAGAGUCAACAUCGUCGACAUUUUUAUUCUUUCUAAAUGUCUGUCUCUGUCACAUUUUCUUUCUUUUAUCUGUGUGUUCGUUUUUGCUUCAGAGGCCAACUCGGCAUUCAGAAACAAUUUGACUUCACAGAAAUAUUCCAACUUCAACAAUAACACCCAGAGGCUCAAAUAUCCAGCAAAUGACAAAGUCAAAGGUAGAAUUUUUGUUGUCACUCCCUGGGAUAAAAUGACUGUACCCAUGUGUUUUCUGUGAGAAUCACACAAAGAAAAAUUAGUUUUUUAAAAAAAGGGGCAAGGGUAAAAAUAUUCAACAGCUUUGUGAACAGACCAGAAUCCAAUUCCCCUCCUAAAGCUUACAUUUUUGGAAUCUUUUUCUAUUUCUUUCCUGGAAAAAAAACGAAAGUUUUUGUCAUGUAACCUAUAAGAACCAGGACUGGACAGGCUGGACAAGAGCAUCUCUAACUCCAAGUCAACCAGUUGACAAGAGUUGAUGGCUGAUUUGGCCAUCUACUGCCAUCUAGUGCAGUUAUCUGCGAUUUCCAGCUUCAUAAAGUGAACUACAAAGCCAGGCUCACUUAUCACCUCCAUCAGAUGUUUACUUUGAUUCUGCAAUUUCAUUUAAUGCAAUAUUCGCUGCUACCUCUUUAUCCCUUGGAAAUGGCUCUUUCCUUAGUUCGCUGCCUGGAAGGAAAUCACUAUUUCCCAGCAGUAUUAUGCAGGAGCACAGUAAUAGCCUGAAGGGCUUUACACUGCACGCUGGAUUUCAGUUGGCUUCCAAGGAGGAAAAUGUGUGGCUUUGAUGGCUUACCGUCAUGGCAAAAGUAAACUCACCGGAGCCACACAUUAGGGAGCGACAAACUCAUCUAUCCCCGUUGCCUGGGCCACAGAAUCCAAAUAUGUGCUGUAGCUUGGCAACAGUGCCCAAACAAAAGGUUCGCAGCUCCCGGUCUGAUUUGUCUGACCGCCUCCAAGAUGAGCCGACCCGGCAGCAGCCCUGAUGAAAAAGGGGUCAGCCAAAAUGGAGACCCAGGAGGUCAUCGCCCAGUGUUUACCAAUACGCUCAACGCAGCAGUGAGUCCCGAAACAAGGUUGUUAUCCGCCUUCGCCAGAGAUACCCAGGCCAGGAAAGUUGAUCUGGCAGGCAGAGGUAGGGAUAAAACCACUGCAUGUUUCUGCAGAAGUAAAGUAACUGCGAACAUCUUGCACAGGCAGAGACAGAGAAUCCAUGAGCAGCAUGUGCAGAAGUAUUACAGUGAGGAGGGAAGGCCCUUUGAAUUGCGUCUGGUUGGAAAAAUAAAGCAGCAGUUGAGCACUGACCCCACUCUUCAUCCUGAGUAUCCCUCUUCUCUUGGACUGAGAGAAUUCACCAGGAAAGCCACAGAAGUUGCCCUUGGGAAGCAUUCUAGGGCUAUAGUGGAGAACCGGGUGUUAGGUGUCCAGACUCCUGGUUUUACUGCUGCUGUUCGUCUUGGAGCUGAACUCUUGAGGUGCUGGUACGAUCCCAGUGCUUGCUGGUGUGGCCCGGUUUACCUCUCUUCCCCUUGUGAUGACUCAUUGACUGGUAUCUUCCAGGCAGCAGGGAUCCAAGAGAUCCCGUCUGCCCACUACCCGACCGGAGCAGACCUCUCUCAGAGUCAAUGGGCUGUGAUUACACGGCUCAUUACGAGGCGUAGACUUUUCCCCUUCCUCUUGCUGCCUACACAGGCACUCUGCUGUGGAGACAUGGAGCGUGAUGCUUGGCCUGUGCAGCACUGUGCAUCGCUGGGAAUGGAGCUUCUCUGCGCUCAGUCGUUUUCCCAUUGCUUUGGACUAUAUGGUGAAGCUGUUGGACACCUCCUGUGCGUCUUAAAGCAGAACUCCGUCCUGCUGCCUGUGCGGUCUCAGGCUGACAAAAUAGUGAGAUCACUGUGGGCCAGGCCAUCCGUAGGAGGAGCGCAUGUUGUCACCACAGUGCUCAGUAACUCAGCCCAUCUUGUUGAGUGGCAGGGAGAGGUUAAGCACAUUGUUGAAAGGUGUAUGCUGAUCAGAGCCAUUUUAAGAGAAAAGAUGAGGCUUUUGGGAACUCCUGGUCGCUGGGACCAUCUGACUCAACAAGGUGGACUCUUUUGCUGCACAGGGUUAAAUGGUGAGCAAGUAGAAUUUCUGUCAAACAGGAGACGGGUGUACCUGCUCCCUGGCGGAUGUCUAAACGUGAGCGCAAUCAACUGCCGCAACCUGGACUAUAUAGCCGAGUCCAUCCAUUUGGCUCUGACCUCUUCACUCUGACCACGCGGCUUUAUCAGCAUCCAAAAUCUGUGUCAAAGUGGGCUUCACAAUGAGUUUGGACCUUUCAAGCGUUUCAUUAAAAUGUUCCUUUUUAAGUUAAGUGUAAUUAAGAUGUUACUUAAAAAAGGGAUGUUUAUGUUUCCAGUGCUCUGUUGGGUCAGCCAUAUCAGGAGAUCUGCUGUGAGCUGUGGAGUGAUUUUUCUGUUCAGUCUGUUUACAUUAAGAGUUGAUUGAGGUGUAUAUUUAUAUAUUCUCACUUUACAUAUGUGGAAUCUGAACAGAAGGUAGUGUAGAAAACAAACGACUUUUUUUCCUUUUUAUGGAAGAUGUUUGCAGAAAUUGUUUCUACACCUCAGUAAAAAAUAGAUUCGUAAACAAAUAAAAAAGAGUUAGUCACCGAGAGCUGCUAGACAGACUUUGUGUGUUUUGGACUUCUAGGGUAGCUUUUUGCCUUUAGUUCAAUCAUAAUUACUGGCUGACAGCUGGCAGCAGUUCAUCUUUAAUGAAAAAAUAUUAGAUUCAUAGCCCUCUCAACUGAACGUGAUUAUGAAAGUGUCUGGAUAAUGUUAUUGAUAAAUAAAAUUUUUGUUAACCCUCUGAGGUCAAUGUACUGCUAACCUUGGACCCUAAUGGUGCCCCAUUAUAAUUUGUGAUUUUUGGCUUUUAAAAAAUGUUCUCACACAUAUCAGGAACUCAUACUCAUUCAUUUUGGCUAAUAUUCCCUUACUUACUUAACAGUUGCAUGAAAAAGGUAAAUAUAGAUACACUGGUGCACAAAACCAACAUAGUUUUAUGAUUAUCAUAAGUCAGGUAAUAUGAAAUAUAUUGGUUUAUAUUUGAUAAAAUGUACUCUUUGAUGAAUUAAACUCAUCAUCACCAUUUGAGGCAUACACAUGUGGCCAAUGCACACAACCCCAUUAUUCAGUGUAGUUAUCGUCAAUUUAAGCAGGUUUUGUAUGUUUCUGUGCUUGAAUGGGUGAAUCCACAGAACAUAUCACACAAAAUCUGGUGAUCAUUAUUAUGUUUUUUUUCCGUUUAGUAGUGGCUCCAUAGUGUAGUGUCAGUGUCACUUUUAUUUAUGUACGUUUAAAAGGUUUUUACAUGUACACUUAAAAACCUGUGUAGGUCUACAAUGACGUAAAGGCAAUAAAAAUAAAAUGUUACAGAGAAAUACAAAUCAAUGCUCACACAGUUAUUAAAUGUAGACCUGUGAGACAGUUGUCAUUGACCUCAGAUCAGCAGGCAGCUCGUUCCAAAGAACAGGAACACAGCAACUUUAAGCAUCCUCAGCACACUGAGAUCUAAUUCUGAGAAUAGUUAAAAGAUGUGCAUCUGAUGACUUGCGAGGUCUAAUUGGAUUAUAGACACUGAGCAAGUCACAGAUGUACUUUGGGGGUGAAGGCACUGAAGUGACUGUAAGCACUCUGGUUUUCUCAAAAAGCUUGUUUUAUUAGACUGAAAAGGAUCCGGGCUGCUGUCCCCUCCCCAUCAUGGUUUCCGUGCUAAUGUACUAAAGAAGUUGUUAACUCUUCACGCUUAGCAAGAGCUAACGAUGCUAAAUCACUGAAGAUUUUUUACUUGCUAAUGCUAGCAGUGUUUCUGUAUGAAGCGUAGAUUGUAACUGAUCUCAGAGCAGUGAAAGCAGCUUGCCUCACAUGCUGCUCUCCCAUUCAUAGACCUGCAGUUUAGGCACACUUUUGCGCCGUCACGUCACUUAGACGCUUUGGGGGUUGUUAAGUUGUUUACAUAUUAAUUAUAUUUUCACCAGUUGUUUUUGUUGUUGAGAAUUUUAAUUGUAAUUUUUGUAUUAUGGUUUCUCAACAGUACUUGUUUGUUUUAAUUUGUUUACUGGUUUGCCUGCACUUUUUAAGAUUUUUUUUAAAAAUAAAUAAAUGGUAACUGAAAACCACCACGGUAGCU